AAACCACCCUGUUCGCUUUGGCUUGGGAGUAUCGAACAAUUUAGAGAAUAAAGAAAAUUCUCAUCCUUUUGUAAUUCGCGAAGAUACAAGUACUGAUAGUGAUCACAGUGAUGGACCAAUAUUGUUUCGCGAUGAUACUCCUAUGAGUGAUAAAUCCACAACUAAACUAGCACGAAAAGAAAGCCUUUCAUUGAAGUUGUCACUGCGACCAAACAUGGAGGAAUUGAUUAAUAGAAAUAUUUUACAUAUGCAAAGUGAGAAUGAAAGACAAGAAUCAAAAGAGGCAAUUGGUGCAAAAUUGAUAAGACGACUAUCAAUGAGACCUACCCCGGAAGAAUUAAUUGAGCGCAAUAUUUUAAAAAGUCAAUCUCCAGCUGAAGAAAAGAAACAAAAGGAGGAAAAGAAAAGAUUUCUCCUACGAAAACUUAGUUUCAGACCAACCGUGGAUGAGCUCAAAGAGAAAAAAAUAAUUCGAUUUAACGAAUUU